AUGUUUGACAAAAGUGAAGACGAGCGACCUGCGCCAGGUACUCCAAAAAAGAAAUUGGCUAAAAGAGGAGAGCUUUCUGUAGCAGAGAGGGAUAAACACAGAGUACAGAAGUAUCGUCCUGAUUGGGAAAAACUAGACUUUUUUAAGAACUGGUUAGGGCCUGGUAAAAACCAAUUUAAAGCCAGGUGCACUGUUUGUGACGUCGAAAUGGUUUCAGAAUAUGGAGUUUUAAAAUUACAUUCUUCAAGACAAAAGCAUACGAAAGCCAUGUCGGCAAUACCAAGCAAAACAAAACAGCGUAAUAUCAUGUCCGCAUUUGUUACGAAAGGAGUUAUGUCGAAAAAUAAAGUUGUCACAGCGACUGAAAUCAAGCUGGCGGGUUUUCUAGCUGAGCAUAAUAUUGCAUUCCAAACUGCAGAUCAUAUGUCAGAUUUAAUAAAUGGUAUAUUGGAAGAUUUUGGAGUGGAACAUAAAAUUGCUAUGAAAAGAACAAAAGCUACAGCUGUAAUCACCGAAGUAAUUGGUGAAAGUGAAAAAUCGUCUCUAGCCGAAAAACUGAAAACUGAGAAAUUCAGUGUUAUGUCUGACGAGUCAACAGAUGUCAGCACUAACAAGGGCAGUUGUAUAAUUGUUAGAUAUUAUGACGUUGAGGAAAAUAAAGUUGUGAGAUAUAUCGACAAAAAUAUGAUUGGUUUUGGUGCAGACGAUUGCAACGUGAUGAUGGGUGGAAAUAACUCUGUGGCGAGCAGACUCAAGAAAAAUUUGCUAGAGACAAUGGCGGAUCAAAAUAGGGGUCGUGGUCGAGGCAUGGCCUUGCUGCAAGCCCUAAAAAAGUCUCAAAUGAUGGAUUCACCGCCACCUUCAGAAGAGUCAUCUCCAGAUGUUACUCCUGGUCCUAGUGUGGCUCCAAGUGUUGUCAGCUCUACCACUGCUCCAUCUUCAACGACAAUUGGAGGAAGAGGUAGAGUAGCUGCAAUGAUGCUAUCAAAAAUGCAACAAAAGCCAAAAGAUCCACCGUCUACGUCCUUCACACCCGCUGCAGACAUUAGCCCGAGUCCAACAACAACAGUAGGUGCAGGUCGUGGGAUAAAGCUGUUACAAAACUUGAAAGCACAAAUGGCGCAGAAACAGCCUCAGGUUGGAGUUGAAGAGGUUAAAGAGGUCACACAAAAAAUGGCUCAAAGUACAAUAUCAUCAGUACAGUCAUCAUCAGUCGCUAAAAAUAAAUAUUUCAGAGAAGUAAAAGACACACCACCUGUUGUUAAAAAAGGUGAAUCAGGAACGCCGUGCCAGGUUACGGCCAAUUUUAUUUACCUCAACUUUGAGGAAAAUAACGUGUUUGAAUAUGAAGUGAAGUAUGCACCUGAACAGGACUACAAGCAUCUGCGUUUUAAACUACUGAAUGAGCAUAACAAAUACUUCAAAGAGAAAACAUUUGAUGGAACCACUCUAUAUGUUCCCCAUAUGUUGCCAGAUGAAGCCACAAAACUUAUAUCAACAAAUCCUUUUGACAACAGCAAAGUUGAAAUUUCAAUAAUAUUCAGGAGGACGCGGCGUUUAAGUGAGAUGAUACAUAUUUACAAUGUGCUAUUUAAGCACAUUAUGAAGGAUCUUCAACUGGUGAGGUUUGGUCGACAGCACUACAAUGAGAAGGGUGCCAUACAAAUACCGCAGCAUAAACUUGAAGUUUGGCCCGGGUAUGUGACAGCAGUCGAUGAAUAUGAAGGAGGUCUUAUGUUGACCCUUGAUUCUACUCAUCGUGUACUUCGUACACAAAGUGUUUUGUCAUUUAUAAAAGAAACUGUGCAGAGCGAAGGCGCCAACUGGAAGCGAGCCUUGUCUGAUAAGCUUGUCGGCUGUUCAGUUAUGACCACAUAUAAUAAAAAAUUGUUUCGGGUGGAUAGUAUAGACGACACCAUGACUCCGCGUUCAACAUUUGAAAAGAAUGAAAACGGUCAACCUGUAAAGAUAAGUUUCGUUGACUACUACAAGAAAAAUUAUGGCAUUGAUAUUAUGGAUUGGGAUCAACCACUACUCAUAUCUAGAGAAACGAAGCGCAUGCCGGGAUCCGAAGAGCCCACAGAUUUUAUGAUCUGCUUAAUACCUGAGUUAUGUCAACUGACUGGUCUGACUGAUGAUCAGCGAAGUAAUUUCCGUCUUAUGAAAGAUGUCGCCACCUAUACUCGGAUUACACCUAAUCAGCGACAUGCUGCUUUUAAAAAGUAUAUCCAAAAUGUCCUUGGAAAUGAAACGGCAAAAAAUCGUUUAGCAGGAUGGGGUCUCAGCAUUGCCCCAGAGACAAUAAAUAUUACAGCAAGAACUUUGCCACCUGAGACAUUAUACUUUGGGAAUGACGUCAAAGUGCCUGGGAAACCUAAUGCAGAGUGGAAUGGCGAAGUAUCGAAAAAUGCGGUGAUGCAAGCCGUGGAUAUACUCCGAUGGGUUAUACUGUUCACGGACAGGGAUAAAAAUGUUACGACAGAUUUCCUAGAUACAUUAAAGCGUUGCUGUCGACCAAUGGGUAUCAAUGUGUCUAGCCCAGAAUUGAUACGCCUACCCAACGACCGCACAGAUUCAUAUGUAGUGGCUUUGAAGAAAUGUAUCAUGUCGAAUCUUCAGUUAGUCGUGGCAAUUUGUCCGACGUCACGUGACGACCGUUAUGCCGCUAUCAAGAAAAUAUGCUGUGUUGACUACCCUGUACCUUCACAGGUGAUUAAUGCACGAACUAUUAUGAACAGCCAAAAAAUUCGUGCAAUAACUCAAAAGAUUCUACUUCAAAUCAAUUGCAAGCUAGGCGGUACUCUAUGGAACAUCAGUAUACCAAUGAAAUCUGCCAUGAUUAUUGGAAUUGAUUCUUAUCAUGAUGCAAGCCGAAAAAAGCAUAGUGUUUGCGCUUUCAUAGCAUCGUACAAUCAAACAAUGACUCAUUGGUAUUCCAAGGCAAUAUUUCAAGAGCGAGGGCAGGAGAUUGUUGACAGCCUCAAGUCUUGCUUAGUGGAUUCGCUAAAGCAUUACCUGCGUGUUAACGGUAGACUGCCAGACAGAAUUAUUAUUUACAGGGAUGGUGUUGGUGAUGGUCAGCUGAAACUCGUCCAGCAGUACGAGAUACCUCAAAUGCAGAUAUGCUUUUCCCUCCUUGGUACAACUUACAAACCGACACUAACAUAUAUAGUGGUACAGAAGCGUAUAAAUACCAGAAUUUUCUUGAAAUCUGAUAAAGGAUUCGAAAACCCGAGUCCCGGUACUGUUGUCGAUCACGCAAUUACACGAAGAGAUUGGUACGAUUUCUUGAUUGUGUCUCAGAAAGUGAACCAAGGCACAGUCACACCAACACAUUACGUGGUGGUACACGACGAUAGUGGAAUGACCCCCGACCAAUGCCAGCGGCUCACAUAUAAAAUGUGCCAUUUGUACUACAAUUGGCCGGGCACUGUACGGGUCCCCGCUCCAUGCCAGUACGCCCAUAAACUUGCAUAUUUGGUGGGCCAAAACAUACACCAACAACCAUCGGAGGCUCUUACUGAUAAACUAUUCUUCUUAUAG